UUCUCUCAGAUUGGUCUUUCUGAUCAUGGUAUAUGCCUUUUGCAGCUAUGAUGAUGGUAUACUUUUAAACUCUCUGGAAGCCCGUGGAAAUAUUUUUUGGGGUGAGAUUGAUUCAACGGAUCCAAAGUCUCUCAUAGGUUCUGCUCCACUUGGUUCUGAAUGUUGGAAAGUAUGGAUCAAUGAAGUCAUUGAUGUCAAUGUGCCCUUGUAUAUGCUUGAAAUUCGUUGCUUUGAUUUGAAAGAGUCAUAUGUUGAAGCAGCUACAAUUGCAUGGCCAAUCAAGUACGUCAAAAUUUAUCCGAAACCAAAGAAUGAGAAGGUUAUUGAUUAUCCAUCUGCUCAUCCAAAUCCAUCAACCACAUCACCAGACCUUAAGAAUGACGAUCUGGAGGAACAGUUAGAUAUACUUAAUGACGACGACGAUGAUGGCAGUGGAGCAGCUGAUAGAGGGAAUGCUGCUGACAAAGAGAUACAAACUGGUAUUGAUAUAAACUUGCCACAUCAAAAUGAUACGGAUGAUGAGAUUGCGGAUGUAGAUGUCAGUGACGAUGAAGUGGAUAAGGGCCAUAAUGCAGCAGAAGCCCUUAGAGCACAGGUAAAUGCAGAGGGAAGACAUGGGCGAACUUCAAGCUCGAGCAGCAUCGGGAGUGAGAGUAGUGGUAGUGGGAGUGGCAGUGGCAGUGGGAGCAGUCGUAGUGACAGUGAAAGCAGUGAUGGUGAUUCCGUCAAUUCUAUCUAAGAGACGAAGUCACAUUGGUCACCUCAGAUUGAAUUCCUCAAAAUUGACUGCAAAAAACAAAGUGUGGUUAUUAGUUAUUACUCCUUCAGGAGAGGAUGCAAAAUGCAGGAAGCUGCAAAACCCUGGAAAUCCACCUCCUCAAGCGCCGGAGGAUAUCGAAUGCUGAAUUUGGUUACACGGUACAUUCUUGGAGGAAUCCUGCAAUUUGAGUUUUGUGUAUGCUUAUGUAAGUGUCUUUUUUUGGGCAACUCAGCUCUUUUCCCCUUCCAAUACCCGGUGGGGUAACUUCUAUAUAAAAUCAAUUAUAACCUAAAAA